ACACAUUCGUUUCUCUCUUUCUCUUCCCUGCUACUCGCUCCUCCUGUCCUACCAAUUUAUCCUCGAAAGAAAUCGUUGAUUCCUCUUUUUUCUUCAAUUUGUUUACGUGCAAUUCAGUUCUUGGAAAUAAAAGGUUGGAUUUUUACUCUGAACAAAGCGAAAGGUGUGGCAAUGGGUGCCAGCGGAAGGCUGAUCUCCAUUUACCCAGAGGAUCUCACUUUCCUAUUUGAGCUAGAUAAGCCAUGCUAUUGCAAUCUCAAGGUGGUGAACAACAGCGAGCAUCAUGUUGCAUUUAAGGUCAAGACGACAUCACCGAGGAAGUAUUUUGUCCGGCCGAACGCGAGCAUCAUCCAGCCAUGGGAUUCUUGCACAAUAACAAUUACGCUCCAGGCGCAGAAAGAGUACCCACCAGAUAUGCAAUGCAAGGAUAAAUUCUUGAUCCAGAGCACCAAGGUAGCUGCCAGUACUGACAUGGACGAGAUCCCCCCUAACACGUUCAACAAGGAAGUCGAUAAGGUGAUUGAGGAAAUGAAGCUUAAGGUUGUUUAUACAGUUCCCAGUGGAAGUUCUGACGACUCUGGUAUUACAUCUUUAGGCAGCAGGAGCUUCAAAUUGGGGUCUGACGAUCUCACGAUGCUGAAGAAUGCAAGCAUUGAAAAGAUACAGACAAUACAACGCCUAAAAGACGAACGAGACACCACCCUGCAGCAAAAUCAGCAAAUGCAACGUGAAUUGGAUGUGAUCAGGAGGCGUAGAAGCCGCAAAAGCGAUGCGGGUUUCUCCUUAACGUUUGCUGCUUUUGCUGGGCUCAUAGGUGUCCUGAUUGGGCUCUUGAUGAGCCUCAUCUUCCCUCGCCCACAGGCUGCUGCUUAAUAAAAUGCCAAUUUCACAACCAAGUGAUACAUGUUCAGCUUAAUGCCCAACAAUGUGGCCAUUAUCGAUCAAACAAUCAUAGCUAGGUUAAUAAUCGAGUCAGCUGCUCUGGGGAGGAAAAAUAUAUGGAAAAUUCUACUUUAGUCUCAAUUAUUCUUUUGUUCUUUGCAUUGUAGUUAAUAUGCGUCACAUCAGAAAAGGGUCACAAUGUUUCAUCAACCCAACUCCCCCUUCCUUUUUUUAUUAAAAAAAUUGUAUUUUCCCUUCUUAUGUAAUCUUUUUGUACAAUUUAGUUUGACAUAAACAUAUAUCAGGGAGAA